GAUUUAGACAUUACAAAAUCAGACAGUCUCUUAGUGGCAGCGACAAGUGGAGGAAUUUCAGCAGAGAAAGCCCAGAAACUUGUAGAAAGAAUUAAAGAUAAGGAUGUUAAAGAUAAAUUGAAAGCGAGAACAGAAACAGCAUUAACUCAUGGGGCAUUUGGUGCACCCACUAUUUUAGUUCAUGUUGAUGGCAAAGCACAUAUGUUCUUUGGAUCUGAUAGGAUGCACUUGAUAGCGCAUUUAAUGGGAGAAAAGUAUGAAGGUCCUCUGAAUGAACUUUCAGCUCUGAAAUAGUGAACAAUUGAGUGGAUUCAACAGGAAUUCUGGCAUUACAGGGGCUAUGUCAUCCAAACCGUCAAGUUGUAUUGAGUGUGUACUGUAAACUCAUUAUUAAUUAUUUGCUUUUUUCACUAAUGAGUCAAAUCUGCUGUUAAAGCGAGGGAGUCGUCGCCUGCGCAUGCGUCAGAUGGCAAUAGCCAUCUACAAACAAAUUUCUA